CAAGUCGUGUGCGCGGGGAACGCGCGGGUCCGCCCGGCGGGCGCGAGUCCCUCCUAUGGCCGGCAGCCGGUGGGCGGCUCGCCGCCGGCCGGACCCCGAACUCGGACGCGGGGGAGGCGGCGCGGCGGCGGCCGCCGCCGUCCAACAGCACCAACAGCAGCAGCAGCAGCAGCACCAACGGCAACAGCGGCCGCAGCAGCAGAACCCGAUCGGCGCAGCCGCCGCUGAGCAGCACGCUCAGCAGCAGCAGUCGUCAUCGUCGUCGUCGUGCAAGCCGCAGUCGCUGGUGCCGGGCCGCCUGCAGUCCCGGCCGCACGGACGCAGCGAUGCACGCCGUCGCCGUCACCAGAUUAUGGUGCACAACUUCCUCGAGAGGCCUCGAGGAUGGAGGGCCGCCCUCUACCACAUCGCCGUAUUUUUAAUGGUUUUCACGUGUCUGGUGCUAAGUGUUUUUUCAACAAUCAAAGACUUCGAAGAAUUAGCCGGUGCCAUACUGCUGCGAAUGGAGAUCGUGAUGGUCAUCUGGUUCACCAUCGAGUUUUUCUGCCGGCUAUGGUCGGCAGGCUGCCGGUCCAGGUACCAAGGGUGGAUGGGGAGGCUACGCUUCCUCCGAAGCCCCUUCUGUGUGAUAGACGUGAUCGUGAUCGUGGCGUCAGUGGUGGUCCUGGCCAUGGGCAGCAGCGGCCAGAUGUUCGCAGCAUCGGCGCUUCGAGGUCUCCGGUUCUUCCAGAUCCUCCGGAUGGUGCGCAUGGACAGGCGAGGGGGCACCUGGAAGUUGCUCGGAUCUGUCGUCUACGCGCACCGUCAGGAGCUCAUCACUACAUUGUACAUUGGAUUUCUAGGACUCAUCUUUUCUUCAUUUCUUGUAUUUCUCGCCGAGAAAGAUAUCAACCCUGUAAAGUUUGGCAAUUAUGCCGAUGCCCUUUGGUGGGGUGUGAUCACCCUCUGUACAGUAGGUUAUGGUGACACCGUGCCCGUCACGUGGCCCGGGAAGUUGAUUGCAUCUUUUUGUGCUCUCAUGGGAAUCUCCUUCUUUGCUCUCCCUGCUGGCAUCCUGGGGUCUGGAUUUGCGCUCAAAGUACAACAGCAGCAGCGACAAAAGCACAUGAUCCGACGGCGUGUGCCCGCUGCUACUCUAAUCCAGUGCCUGUGGAGGUGCUACGCCGCAGAUGAAAACUCCAUGUCCGUAGCAACGUGGAAGAUUCAUCAGGUCCCUCUGCCCAGUCCACCCACCUAUGCCUCAGGGUCGUUCACAAGCACAAAGCGCAGAGACAGACUGGACCUGCCAGCCCCAGGUGCUGGAAUUCUGUUCAAGCACAACACGUCUUUCGUGAGCAGGCUGUCCACGAUACGUCGGCACCGACAGCCCGCCACUCCGUCGCACUUGCAUUCCCCGAUGUCCCGGAGUCGUUACCACUGCGACUCUAACGCCAGCCAGGACAACGUCAUGCACUCGGGGAGGCUUCCGGCCAGCUUCAGCGAGGACAGCGUCGCCAGAGACAUCUCUGAUGCCUCAAAACGAAACUCGGACGACGAAGAGCCCGAAGAACCUAGGCUUACAGUGCUCACGAAACAGCAUAAAAAUGCUAUUAGAUCGCUCAGAAAGAUUAAAUAUUUUGUAGCGCGGAGGAAAUUUAAGGAGGCCCUGAAGCCUUAUGAUGUGAAAGACGUCAUCGAACAAUACUCAGCGGGUCAUGUUGAUCUCCUUGGACGAACCAAGAAUAUCCAAUUCAGACUGGACCAAAUCCUGGGAAAAGUUGGAUCCAAAGCAAAAGAUGUUUAUGAAUCAAAGAUUAGCCUCGCAUCGAGGAUCGUGAAAGUUGAACGCGCCGUUGAGGACAUCGAGUCCAAGCUGGAUCAGCUGAUGGAGAUGUACAUGGAGGACCGGGCGCGACUGUUCGCCGUGCCCGCCGUGCCUCCGCCCGGGCUCAGCCUGCGUCACCAGCCGCCGCCACCACCGCCGCCGUCGGCGGCGCCUUCCAUGGCGCCCUCCCCACCGCCCCAGCCACCACCUCAGCCGCAGCCAUCGCAGCAGCCGGUGAGCGUGGCAGUACCGGCGCCGGCGCGAGCCACCCUGCUGGACAAGCAGUGCAGCGAGCCCAACACGCCGGUCACCAAGACCUUCGAGCGACCCACUGUCAUGCAGCGCGGCAACUCGGACUUGGGUACGCGGCUGAGGCGCCGCAACCAGCAGAGACUCCAGGCCGCCGAGGCGACCAUGGAGGACCGGGGCGGACCCACGACGGCCGCGUCUUCGUCGAUGGCCAGCACAUCGGAGAGCGCGGCGGCCAGCGACGACGAGCCGAGCGGAGCCGAGGAGGAAGACGUGAGCGUGGUCACCGUGUCCGUCACGGAGACGGCCGCGCUCCUCAGGCCGACGCUACACAACUUCUCCUCCGCCUGAUUUCCAGGCCGGGACGUCGCGGGGCGACGCCUCCUCGCACGCGCGUCGUCGGCGGUACGCCCGAGCAGGGGCGGUACGCCGGCGACCGGAGGCCGUCGCCCGCGCCGCCCGGCUACACAGACGGCGAUUAUGACGACGCGGCACCACGUACCGAUCAUGACAACGAUGCUGCCCUUGCGCGCAUCCUAGCGCACGUUGUUUCACGACGCGAUUUUACGGGAGGCCCGUGACAAAACGCGAUGUUUCGCAUGAGCACGUUCUCACUUGUUCAACCGCCGCUAAGCGACAGUCUGACCGAGCCCCGGCGGGUGGGCGUUUCGCACUGAAGCACCACCGCACAAAAGCAAAACAGUUUGUUUACUGAUUAGUGCGACACUAAUUAUUUCCGCUGACGACAAGAAUUCGCAGAAAACUGUAUAGGAUCACUUUUUUUUAUUUUGGCAGUCACAUAAAAUUUAAGGACUUAAUCUAAAUUUGCACAGUGACAACGACUACGAUGUUAAAACUUAGAAUCGGCACAGCCUACUGACACGACUUGGUUUAAUCAGCCGAAUAUCACCAUGUUUGAUAAUCCACUAAAACAGUGCUGUGUGUUCUGAAAGGCCUUCACAUCGAUGGUGACGCUCCGUAUAUUGUAUCACCAUUGUGUUCAGUUCUUGUGCAGGCAAAAUGCGCAAGUCUUACUGUCAGCAGAGUGGUCAGUUCUGAACCGUAAAUCCGCGAGAGAACAAAGAACCAGCGCUCACUGUAGUUGCCACCUUUACGGCGCACUACGCGAAACACUACACAGCCAAACAUUCCGAUAGACUGAGUGGUUUGUGAUGACGGUGCUUGUGAACGAUUCAGACUGAUGCACAGAUGUUCAAGUACACGAAAGUGUGUUUGCGAUGGAGUGGUGCUUUAUGGUUGUUCAGAGGACAUUGUUCUCAUUUGGUCGUUCUUGGAAAAUAUAUUUUCUAUAGGUAUUCAAACUUAACAAGCUGCGACCUAAUUAAAAAAAGCUUUACUAAUUAAAGCCCUACGUAUAGUACGAUGUGCUCAAAUUUCCUCGCCUAAAGGCUAGCUUUAUGUCCACACGUGCAUACGGUGGGUACGCCGGCUAUUCUGUCUCCUUGACUACGUAUUUAUGUGUGGCUCUUAGUCGCUCAUACUGCUUGUAUUUCUGCUUUUCGAUGCACUGCGAUGGGGGUCCUCAUCAGUCGCAGUUCUUGUUGCGGAUUAGGUUAUCAUUGAGGCUGCACAUUUUACGUCGCAUUUUUGUGGAGGGCAAGAUAGCUUGAAGUACAUGAUUUUUUUUAUCAGCUGCUGCUCAGUGUGUUGAAAAAUCUAUAUCGAACCAUGCGAUUAACUUUCACAGGGAAUUUGUGCUUUCUAGAAAAGUUAGGCUUUCCCGUUCGUCACCGUUUUUGGAGCCUGUAUUUUCGAACUUUAAACAACUGUUUCCCACGAUACUCUGUGAUGGCGCUUCACUGUGGUUACUGAAUUCCUAGCUUUUCAAUUCCGCCAGCAUUGGUUCCCUAAAGUUUUGAUUAUGGUGUCAUCGACGCUGUCAUUACGGUGUCAUGGAAUGUGUGGUAUGCAAUGUCGUUAAUAUUACCAUAUAUUCACCAGCAUGCGGAUCCCGUAGUUGAAGCAUCAUUGAGCAUUAGACUUGUGGCUGUCACAUGUUAAGUGCCGGUUUGCCGUCACACCAGAAGACUCUUGACCUGUGUGCUUAUUAUUUCUAUACGAGAACAACCAUGCUAAUACAAAUGCAUUAUGCCUGAAAUAAGUUAGCGGUGUGUUUUAAUUAAAUCAACUUUGACAGAGCGCGUACUAUGUUCCUUGAUUACUUCUCCAGCGGCUUCAGCUGACAGGCAUAGUUCCAGGAGAUUGUGUGGCCAUGUUCUCCGCGACAUUCUAAGUAAUCUAUGGAUUACGAUCGAAGACAUAUUACAUGCUAUCACCAUUUAUCAUAUGGAUAAGCUAACAUAUGCUCGUUCUACCACUUUCGUUUGCAGGAGUGAGCUUUUUGCGGUCAAGAUGUCACUCGAAGCAUAACUGAAGCACACCUUCUGCAGUAGUCUAUAUGGCAGCGCAUCUCUGAUUGCAUACGGCAGCAAAAUCAAUGUAAAAGCACACACCUUUCAAAAACCUGCAUCGGCGUACGCCUCAUCCAAAAGAAGGUUUCCACAGGCGCACCUCUUGUAAUGCUUAGCAGUGCCAAGACUAGUUACCGGCUUGGAACCCUGCUGUUGCGGCAACCGUAAUUACAUUUGUCGGCACUUCGAAAAGACUACACUUCUCCAUAGGCACAGAAGCCCUUUCAUGCAGUCUGAAGGUAUGGGAAACUCUAUAUCGGAAGAAUGGGGAUCACUUUUUAAAACAAAACUUGUUCUCUAGGAAGGCAUACUUCGUUUUUGUUGUGACGUUAUGGCAGGUUAGUGUCUUCCAUUGCACUGGAUGUCAUGUCUGUCGCAAAAUGUUCAGCGCAUGGACUUGAAGUGUAUCCACGUUUUUCUGUUUCUGCUUCUCUUUUCUUAUACCCGACAGUAGGUUCCAGUAGUGUAAUUUUCAGCUCUUUAAAUAAACCAAAAGCUCCAUCAGGUCAUCAGAAAGGUUCUCUAAACCCUUGUGAGGACACAUUAGAACUCAUCACGCUUUGCGAAUACUUGUGAACCUCCUAACUGCGUCUCAUAUUAUAGCUCUAAGGAUUGCUUCAAAAGGCUGAAUUGCACAUCAAAGCAAGGAAACAUCUUAGACGCAGAUCUUAGACUCGAAUCUCCUUGUCAGAGGUUCAGCUCAAGCAGCAUUGGAUUGAAGUACAACACAAAAUUGAAACCAUUGUCUCUCUUGUCAGAGGCAGUGCUGCGAAAAUACCUUAUGGUUAUCAAACUUCAAGUAUGCGCAAUAAAUAUCAAGUUUCAUGACAAAGUUUCAGUCAAAUAACAAUCAAGAGAGGAGAGCAUUAUCUGAGGCAUGAUUCAUUCUACAAUGUUGCGUGUAUUUCAAAUGGGAGCAUUUCUGCUCUGCCUGGUAAGCUGACAAUUGCGCGGAACCUUGGUAUACGAAACUAAAUAAAGGACGGGUUACCGCAUUGAUUGCUGCUGUCAAAUUGGCCAAUUGUUGGGAAUAUAUUUAAAUUGGCCUUGUAAAACUAGACGUUGUGACUAAAGAAUCAUCCGGUAACCUCAAGCGCUUAGCUCUGCAAAACACCCCUGGACGCACCACCACAAUCGUUGCCUCAAAACAAAACCAGCGCUUGUCCUCCUUACUAUAGUCGAUAGGCUACCGAUACCAAGACCAUUGUGAGUGAUCUGCGCAUCAGAACCAAUUCAUCGCGUUCUAUUUUACCGGCCUCGGCCUGGGUUAGUUCAACUGAGGCUUAUAGUGAGUGCCACCCUGCGGUUAUAGCAGGUCACCUGUGCUUUUUCUAGCUUCUUUUUUUUAGAAAUACGAGUGUGGCGUUCAUUUCAUAAUUUCAAGGGAGAACGUCGCAUGUAGCGGAAAGGCGGGAAAUGCUGAUCUAUUUAAUUAUGACACCUUUGGAUUGCAGUUGACAAAGCAGCUGUGAAAUCAUAUAUGCCAUAAUGCGCCGUUUGCAUUUUUUAAAUAUUUUGUACAAAGACGAGGUUUAAUAUAAUGACGAGCAUCUUUUUUGGUUGUGUCCUCGAUGUAAUGAAUUUAAAUGCUUUACAUUUUUCAUUUUUCUAAACCAUGUGGUAAUAGUUUUGCCGUCUCUCUCCUGUUACCUCUCUCUCUUUGUGGCAGCAUUACACUUUAU